UCGUCUGUGUCUGGGUGCCUGUUGACCUGGGGUCUGUUCAUGGCCAUCCUGUGUGCCUCUUCAUGAGGGAGGGGAGGGCAGGCGCUCCAGAAGGAUCGGUCUAAGUGUGGUGCCUGCAAAUACCAAGCUGCCCUCAGGAGCGGUGGCAGGGUUGGCUGUGCACCUUCUGGCCUCAGACAGGAAAGGCAAGGCCCCGCCUAGAGCAGAAGUGAGGCUGGGGUUCUGUCUGCAUCUUCAGAGUCCUUCUAGCCUUCUUCCUCUAAGGGAAAGCAGUGCUCUUCUUGGGAGCCAUGCUUCAGUAACCAAGAGGCAGGGUGGGACAGGAAGAGGCUUUGAGGCAGGUCUGUGAGCAGCCCGACCUGAGGCUCUGUGGGACUGUGGUACCAGUGACACCUGGUUGAGCAGGGCCUGAACUUGGAGGCCAGGGUGUCCCGUCACUUCCUCACCUGAAACGCUGUGGGGCUGCGCCUGGCCCAUCUUGAAGGUGGCACUUAGGAGCAGAGCUACUUAGGAAAGUAGCUGAUAGGUGCCCCUGGGCCUGUCCAGGCUCCCAUUGAGAGCCCACAGGUGGCCCCUUCUGCCUGGGUGCCAGGUCAGCUGACACAGAAAUGGCAGGAAAGGAGAACAACUUCCCCCCGCUGCCUCACUUCCUGCCGCUGAAGCCCUGCUUCUACCAGGACUUCUCUGAUGAGAUCCCGGUGGAGCACCAGGUGCUGGUGAAGAGGAUCUACCGGCUGUGGAUGUUUUACUGCACCACGCUGGGUGUAAACCUAGUGGCCUGCCUGGCCUGGUGGAUUGCGGGCGGAGCGGGUGCCAAUUUUGGCCUGGCCAUGCUCUGGCUUGUUCUCUUCACUCCCUGCAGCUAUGUGUGCUGGUUCCGGCCUGCCUACAAGGCCUUCCGAGCCGACAGCUCCUUUAACUUCAUGGCAUUCUUCUUCAUCUUUGGAGCCCAGUUUGUGCUGACUGUCAUUCAGGCCAUCGGCUUCUCGGGCUGGGGCGCGUGUGGUUGGCUGGCCACCAUUGGGUUCUUUGGGACCAGCGUUGGGGCUGCUGUGGUGAUGCUGAUCCCAGCCAUCAUGUUUUCCUUAUCCGCUGUCGUGAUGGCCAUCACUAUUGUGAAGGUACACAGGAUCUACCGUGGGGCUGGCGGAAGCCUCCAGAAGGCACAAACAGAGUGGAGUGCUGGCACCUGGAGGAACCCGCCGUCCAGGGAGGCCCAGUUUAACAGUUUCUCUGGGAACAGCCUGCCUGAGUACCCCACUGUCCCCAGCUACUCAACCAGUGGAGGCCAGUGGCCUUAGGCGGCUGGCUGGCCCCAGCACUAUGCUCUGUCUCCUGCUACCACCCUUGAUCUUGAGGCCUGAGCAUCUCCCCAGGGUCCCAGGAGGUCCUUGGCCCGUCCGUGUUCAUCUCUUGUCAGACCCUAAGCAAGCACUGCCCAGCAGCCACUGUCCACUGCCAUCCUGCGAGCCCGGCUGUGUUUGCCCUGCUCCAGCCUGCGCAAGGAGAGGCCUCAGCCCCCAAGCCCCUGGCCUUUGUUACGGAGAUAUGUGUAACUAAGCCCAGUGCACGUGUGUAGAUGAGUGUGAGUGGACAGUCAGGAGUGUGGCGGUUGUACCUGUGUCCUCUGCCGUCCACUAUACCCAUGUUCCUCUGGGUCCUGCUAUGUCCUUGUCCCACCCCUUGUGACAGUGACAACCUGCUGUCCCUUCCAACACCCAGGAUCCUGAGUAGAGCUCUGCCCACUUGCACUUCACUUGGUCAAGGGUACUCUGGCCUCUCUGUGGGCAAGUGGAGGAGAGGGACCAGCUCUGUUGCAUGGCAGGCCAUACCCCCAGCAGCAGGAUUGCCGGGACACCCCUGUGCCUUAGAGAGACCUGUGCUUCCUCCCCACAUCCUCUGCCUUCCUGGGCAGCUGUGGCCUUGGUCAAGAGAACCGAACUGAGUCUUGGAGUGUCCACAGCACCUCUGAUGACACUGGACUCAGUGUUCUUCCUUGCGACCUGAUGCUACCAGCCAAGUCACUGAGUCCCCAAGGCCUCCCUGCAGGGCCAUGUCCUCAUGUGCCAGUAUCAUGCCAAACUGUCUGGGCACCUGGUCUCUAUCCCAUCUCAGAGUGGCGGGCAUGGAGUCACGUGCCCGCCAUAGGUGACACCUGUGACCUACAGCUCUUCCCUGCCACCCCUGGGUAUGUGCGCCCACAUGCCAUAGUUGGUUUUGUUAUGUGAGAAUAUUCUGGAAAUAAAUUCUCUUUCUGCA